GGUGGCAACCCCUUCAAACACAGCUGUUUUGUGCACCGGCUGUAAAUAAAUCGUGGAAUUUUUGAUCAGAUUUGUUUAUUUACGACACCCCUCACUAACUAGGCUUAAUGACAGUCACUUACGUGGAGCGGGCUUAGUACAGAACCAGGAGCCACACGCCCACGCAUUGCACAUUCCGUAGAAGGCGGCAACGGCAAAGAACCGGGGGCGGCGCCUGUCGAGCUUCGGAGUACGUGGCAAUGAAACUGCAACUGAAACUCUGGUCAAAAACAAACUGAUCGUGCAAAUCUGCAUUUGUUACCAAUCUCGAUCCCAUUCCCAACCCGCCCACCAAGAUGACGGCCACAUUGCGUUAUCGUGGCGACAAAAGCAAUCUCCUGGAGUUUGCCAAGAAUUUGGAUGCGUUCAAAAAAGUACCGGAGAAGUACACAGAGACCACGGAAAUCGGGGGGACACUCUCCCUUCUGAGCCGCCUGCUGAUUGUGUACCUGGUCUACACGGAACUGCAUUACUACUGGCAUGAAACGGACAUUGUGUACCAAUUCGAACCGGACAUCGCCCUGGACGAGCAGGUGCAGAUGCACGUGGACAUCACGGUGGCCAUGCCCUGCGCCUCGCUAUCCGGCGUGGAUCUAAUGGACGAGACGCAGCAGGAUGUGUUUGCCUACGGAACACUGCAGCGCGAGGGCGUCUGGUGGGAAAUGUCUGAGCACGACCGGCUGCAGUUCCACGCCAUUCAGAUCCAGAAUCACUAUCUGCGCGAGCAGUUCCACUCGGUGGCCGAUGUGCUGUUCAAGGACAUCAUGCGGGAUCCGCAUCCGGCGCGGGAGAGUCCCUCCCAGAUGCCCGCUGCCCCGCCGCCAGGUGCUCUGCCGGUGGUGAUGGACCUGCACCAACCCAAUGGCCAGAACAACGGGGUUGCCCUGCCGGAGAACAAGUUCGAUGCGUGUCGUCUGCACGGAACUCUGGGCAUCAAUAAGGUGGCCGGAGUGCUCCAUCUCGUGGGCGGAGCACAGCCCGUGGUCGGACUCUUCGAGGACCACUGGAUGAUCGAACUGCGGCGCAUGCCGGCGAACUUCACGCAUCGCAUUAAUCGGCUUAGCUUCGGGCAGUAUUCGAGGAGGAUUGUCCAGCCGCUGGAGGGCGACGAGACAGUGAUCCACGAGGAGGCCACCACUGUGCAAUACUUCCUGAAGGUCGUGCCCACGGAGAUCCAUCAGACAUUCAGCACCAUCAAUACUUUUCAGUACGCCGUCACCGAGAAUGUGCGGAAACUAGAUUCCGAGCGAAACUCGUAUGGCUCUCCUGGAAUUUACUUCAAGUACGACUGGUCAGCUCUCAAGAUUAUGGUGGGCAACGACCGCGAUCACCUGGUCACCUUCGCCAUCCGACUGUGCUCGAUUAUAUCCGGAAUUAUUGUCAUCUCGGGCGCCAUCAAUUCACUGCUACUGGGCAUCCAACGUCGCCUGCUGCGCACUUUUGCUCCGGAGAUGUACCAGCGGCUGACCAAUGCCAAGGCCGCUCCUCCCGCUGCUGCUGCUGUUCCAUUAUCGGUUUCCGCCCAGGCUGCCGCAGCGCCGCCCGUCAACGACCUGCUGCACACGGCCAAUCUGAUGGCCAACGUGGACAUCUCGGCGUAUCUGCCCACGGCGCCACCGAAGCUCAAAGCUGGCCUCUAGCCUUUACAAUGCCAGCGAAUCUCACUCUGCAAUCUGCUAACCGAAUCUUCCCCCGUCACUUUAAACUAAUUUUUGUAUUCUU